AUGAGCUUUAAAAAAGGAGACUUUAGACAUGACUUUGAAGUGAUAUGUCCAUAUAAUAAGAAACAUUAAAUGCCUUUUAGUAAAUUAUGGUUUCAUAUAACUAAAGGAUGUAAAGAUAAGAGAGAGAAAGGUAUUUAAAUCAUUUAAUUUAGGUUAUAAAUAUGAUANGUUGAAAUAGUAUUUUUUUGUUUUAGAUGUUGCUAAUUUUUCUCUUUGUGUCAAAUUUUGUAAAUAAAUUGUUUUUAAUUUACUCCUGUAGUUAAAAUAAAGUUUGAUUUUCUUUUAUCGGCUGAGGGAUAGAAUUUAAUAUAUCAAUUAUUUUCUCUUGUAGUUUAAAGUAUGUCAUGGAUAAUAUUAAAUAAAUGAAAAGAUUGUUUAGUAAAAGGAGAAUGAUGCGGAAGCUUUAGUAUAUUGUUUGAGAUUUUCUAAAUUUUUAAUUUUUUUAGGAAAUUAUUGA